AAACAAUUGAUCUAUCUCAAUUGAAAUGUAGGAAGAAACAAUUAUGCAAAGAACUUGUAAAUCAUAGACAUCAUCAAACCACUCUCAAACACUUGAAGAAGGACCGUCAACAAUAGCAACAAUGACAUCAAGUGAUAGCAAUGGGGGCGCUGGUAGUGGCGGUGCCAGUACAACUACCUCCCCCAAUACUUCGCCGCGUCAUAGAAGACGCUCGGUGCGACCAAACAACAGUUCCAUCUCAAACGCCAGCAAACGUUUGGGCAGCAAUAAAAAAGUCACUAUACCACUCGAGAAUGGUUGUGAAGACACUUGGACCUGGAGCCGAAGGCAUCGUUCCAAGGAGACUGUACUGAGUGGCCCCAAUGAACGCACAGUACAUUUUCAUCCGAAUUGGAGCAAGGGUACUGCCGGAGUGGUGGGUAAGCGGACACUGAAUAAUGGUCGUUUCUAUUGGGAACUACAUGUGUCACAAAGGAUAUUCGGAACUAGCAUCAUGUUUGGCAUAGGCACGCGAAAGGCUCGUCUGCAUGCGAAUUCAUUUCGCAAUAUGUUGGGUGAAAAUGAGCAUGGCUGGGGUCUGUCGCACAAGGGUGUUUUGUGGCACAAAGGUAUAGCACUUAUAUACACGGAUCGUUUUAAGGAAAAUCAAGCCACUGUUGUGGGUUUACUAUUCGAUGGUAUCGAAGGAACUUUGACGUAUUACAAGGAUGGCGAAUGUCUGGGAGUGGCAUUUCGGGGACUGGAUAAGAUCAAAGAACCCUUGUAUCCCAUUGUAUGUUCUACUGCUGCCAAAACGGAAAUGACACUGAAAAGUACACGCAGUGAAAUUGGUCACCUACAGGAUAUGUGCCGGGCUGAAGUUAUGAAGCACAUAAGGACACGACAUGAUCUGACAAAAUUAAAAUUGCCUUCGAUUAUAACGAACUAUUUGAGUGAAGCCAUUACUGAAAAUGUACCUUUGCGACAGGUGGAUAACUACGAUAUGUUGUUUGAAUUUUAAAUAGCCAAAUCUCUGCAUAGAAACACAUCACAAACAUAAAAAUCUGUAGUAACUAUAAGGCAAAUUUAAAUUUUUUCGUUUGAAGUAGGUACCAAUCUGUUAGUGUAGAUAGCAGAUGGGAAGAGCAGCUACCAAGCAGGGGCACUUAACUUUCCAUAGGGAUUUCCAAUAUAACCGUGAAGCUUACAGUGCCAUACUUAAAUUUAAAACAAAAAAUUAAUAAGACAAAGAAUCUAGAACAGAAACCAAAAUGUAAGAGAGAAAACUAUUUUCAUACUGUUCACAUAUGAGCAUUCCAUGGCUUAUAGGCAUUCGACAUUGAUUGUGUAUGUAGUUAUAAAUGUAACAACACCUUAAAAACUUUUGUUUUUACUAUAGAAAAUUAGUUUUUAUUUUUAAGAUAUACUGAAAAAAAAAUAGUUUUAAUUCGCAAACAAAAAUCUAGUCAUGAACAAAAUUGAAUCUUGUCAACAUUUUUUUUUUCUUCCCCCCAAGCAAAAAAAAACAGGCCAUGUUGGUGCAAUAUUGUGAUAUAAGUUUUUUUAAUUUAUUUUUAUUUUUUUAUUGGAAUUUUUAGUUUAUUAUUUAAAAAAUUCAAUUUGAAGUUGUACUUCCCUUUUUAAUUUUUUUUUUUUGAGAACUCUGUACUAUUUGUAUAUUUAAAGGAGAGGAGAACAUUUUGAAUGAAUGGACAUGAGCGAAGAUUCUAGUCAUUUUAAUGUCUUUAUAAAUAACUUUAACUUUAAGUAGAUCAAUAACCACCAAAACUAACUUAUACAUAUUACUUACUUUUAUUCUUUGUUUUUUUAAACUCAUAUUGAAUUGAUAACAAAAAUAUUUAUUCUUCGAAAGAAAAAUCUGUAUUCGAAAAUUUUAUGUAUUAAACCAAACAAAAACAAUAUAGUUGUUAAUAAAAAUAAAACUUUUAUCGAUGUACUAAAAUCAAA